AUGCUGGUGAUCGUAAUAGUGACCGUGCCUGCUGCCAGUGGACAGAGCAUGUUCACGCACCCCAUCCUCCUCACCCCCCUCCGCGCUUCUGCCCUUGCUCUUCCCACUAUUACUCUCCUGGCUGCUGCUCCCCCCAUCCCCGCCCCUUGCUUCCCCCUCUCCAUGCACUGUGCUGCUGCUGCUGCCCGGCCCACCGCGAGGCUCGGAAACAUACAAGUCAGCGGCAAGAGGCUCGGCACAAGAGGAGCCAGUAGACUUAGCGACGAGUGGCAUGCUGACGUGGCAGGUGCUGAUGACACUGAUGUGGCUGCUUGCACUGAUGCUGACGUGGCAGCGGACAGGGUAGUGAGGGUCAGCAACUUGGCAGCCUGA